AUGAGUCAUCAUGGCGCUGAAUUGGAUGCGCCAUUCCCAUGCCGCCCGUCCUGUUUCCCCUUUCCGUUCCGCCCCAAUCCGUUUCCGCUCUUACCUCGUCCGCCCUUCCCGUUGCGCCAGGUCCGCGGGGAGAUGGAGCGGCUUGUCCGCAAUGGCGUUGGCGUUCUCGAGCUGGUCACAUCAGUGCUGGGGGAUCACGGGCAGAGACCGCUGCAGGAUUAUGUGGUGGUGACAGCUGUCACGGACAUGGCAAGCCACCCUCCUCGCUUUCUCUCCACACCGGAGGUGCUGCGCUUCUGUCACACCUGGCGCCUGCCCUUCAACUCCUACUGGCUCUUCCACUCCACCCAAUCAUGCUCACAGCUGUUUGCAGCAUACGCAGCGCUGAGUGAGGAGGGUACGGCGCGUUCUGUGGAGGACACACUCACUCGCAUCGCGGACGUCACCAUUGCAGGCACAGCAUCACAUGGGAACCUUCAAGGAAACAUCAUGGAGGGGCUGGUGGCGAGGCUGGUGAGCCCGACGAGCCUGCAUCAAGUCAGGGAGCUCAAGGCGGGGCUGCUGGCGGGCUCGGCGCCCAGCUAUCCCGUGGGAGCAGGCACGAGAUUAAGGGAGCUCUUUACUCAACACGACUCCAUGUGCGAGCGCAUUGCCCAUCUGGUGGAGGAGGCAGGAAACGCCAUGUGCAGCAGCGGGCAGUGGGGAGAGGGCGUGGCAGGGGGGUAUGGGAGUGGAGGAGAGGAGGAGGAAGGAGGCACAGUGGUGGACGGGGAGGAGGGUGAGAGUGCAGGGAAGGCCAAGCAGAGGCGGAGGGAGGAGGAGGAGGAGGAGGAGCGGCAUGUGACUGACUGGCUCAACUCGCUGCUCAGCUGCAGUGCAGCAGAUGCAGAGACGAGCAAGCUGCAGGCCAUGCUGCGAGUGGUGAAAGCUGAGAAGCUCAAAGUGCGGUUCAAGUCACACCCCUGGCCCCUCCCCUCCUCGCCCUCUCUCCUCGCCCCUGCCCCCUCCCCCUCCACCUCCUCCACCUCCACCACCACCACCACCUCAUCCUCCUCUUCUGCUUCCUCCUCGUCUUCCUCCUCAGCGCCCCUCUCUCACCAUCUCAUCACCGUGCAUGCAUUCCAAGACGCGGCCUUCCGCAGAUACCAGCAACUGAUGCGCAAGGACCCUAGUCUGUGGCCGCUGUACCGAGGAUUCUUUCUGGAAGCUGCCAUUGUGGAGGUGGACAAGUGCACGGGGAAGCAGCUACCAGCAGCAACGGGUGAUGCUGUUGCUGAUGCUGCUGCUGCUGGUGAUGACGGUGUUUCUAGUGCUACUGUGGAAGGAGGGGAGAAUGAGCAGGUGCCGCAUGUGAUGCUGAAGAUGAAAUUUCUACCGUACAAGCUGCGGACUUUCUUAAUACGCAACGGGCUUGGCACGUUGCUGAAGAAGGGGCGUCAUGAGUACAUGGCGUAUGCUAGCAGGCUUCUCAAGGUGUGGGGCACGUCACCAGCUGCCACUCACGAGAUGACCGCACUCUGCCGAGCAUGGGCUGACUAUGUGCUGGGCCCGCCCGCCUCCCCCCGCCCUGCCAAGUCCAUCUCUUCCAACUCCUACCUCAACUAUGCCGAGCCCUUCCUUGCUGCCUAUGCCAAGAGGGGAGCAGCACAGGCCAAGGCAGUGGGGGCUGCAAGGGAGGGGGAAGCAGGGGAGGGGAGUGAGGCGAGGAGAGGGGAGGGGAGUGAGGCGAGGAGAGGGGAGGGGAGUGAGGCGAGGAGAGGGGAGGGGAGUGAGGCGAGGAGAGGGGAGGGGAGUGAGGCGAGGAGAGGGGAGGGGAGUGAGGCGAGGAGAGGGGAGGGGAGUGAGGCGAGGAGAGGGGAGGGGAGUGAGGGGACGCAGGGGGAGGAGAGUGAGGGGGAGGGGAGGCGGGAGCAGAGCAAGGGGUUAUUGGUGUUUUUCCCAGGGAUUCCUGGGUGUGCCAAAUCCGCUCUCUCAGAAGCCCUCAUGGAGAUGGGUAGAGGAGGCAGUGGGGGCAGUGGGGGCGGUGAUUCAGCUGAGCACGCACGGAGUGAGAGCCGUCUGCGCAGGAGGGAGGGCGAGUCGUCUGCGCAGGGAGCGAGAGACGGUGGCCAUCCAGCCUCUUCGUUGCCUGGAUCAGACCAGGGAUCUUCUGUUGCAGGAGCAGAGGCAGGGGCAGCAGAGGCAGGGGCGGCAGAGGCAGGGACGGUAGAGGAGGAGGAUGGGUGGCAGGAGGUGACGAGAGGGAAGGGCAAGGGGAAGAAGGCUGGGAGAGGAGGCGGGGAGAAAGGAAGGGGGGCAGGAGGGGGAGGUGGAGGAAAAAGGGGAGGAGGGAGAGGGGAGAGAGUGACAGGGGUUGGGGGAGGAAGCAAGGAGGGAGGGAAGGGAAGAGGGGAGGUGGAGGAGGGUGGAGGGCCGUUGGGCGAUGGGAGGGAAUGCUUGCACAUUAUGGGCGACAAGACAAUCGGAAAGUACUGGAAGGUGCUGGGGACGCGGAUGAGGAAGGAGAGGCAGGCGAGGGUGAACGUGCUGGCGGAUAAGAACGCCCCCAACGAGGACGUGUGGAACCAGAUAGAAGCUAUCUGCCACGACACAGGGCUGAUAGGCGUGCCUGUUGUGCCUGCCUCGCUAGGCACACUGCACAACCCCUUUGACUGGCGAGUGCUGGCCGUGUUUCUGUUCCGCGUCAUUCAGCGCACCAACCACCCCGGCGAUCUGGAUGCCAGCUCACCAGCGCCAGGCCAAGUGGUACUCUCCUUCCAUUCGCUUUACAGCAGACAUAACCGAGAGGAUUUUGAGGCGGGGUUGAAGCAGCGAUUCGGUGUGCUUGUGACCAUGCCUGUAGUCAAGCCUGACUCCCCACCACUACCAGAAGAAAUAGCUGGCGUCAUCAAGUCGGGGCACAAGCUGCGGGAGAAGAUAUGGAAAAGACACAAAGGCAAGGAGCCUCUGAAAACGCCCAUGGCAGAGGAGGUGUUGGAGUGGGAGGGGGAGUUGAGAGCGGUGCUGCACAAGCAUGCCCCCUACCUCACAUCCAUCCAACUGCCCUUGGAAGAAGUGGUCGCUACAGUCCAAAACCAGCUUCACCAGAUCGCUACAGGACAAAUCCGCCCAGUGGUCGCCGCGAAGACGAGCUUCCGCAGCAUCCAACUGGCAGCGGUGGUGAUUGAUCCAGUUGCUGAUGUGGCGCAGGGGGGUGCUGACGUGGCAACAAGCGGGCGGCAGCUGCUGCGGACGUUGGAAGAGCUGGCAAGAUCUGAUUCGCGCAUGGCAGAGUUCUGGAAAACGGCGGAAGGCCCUCUGAGAAAGAAAUUGGAAGUGGGUAGCGGCGGUGGUGGUGCUGCUGCUGCUGCUGGUGCUGCUGGUGGUGGUGGUGGUGGUGGCAGCAGCAGGGGGUUGGGGUGGCUGCACGUGACACUGGCACACAAGAAGGAGCAGGGAGUGCCGGCAGUGGUGGGGUAUGCCCCCAUGGAGGGGCGUGCAGUGACUGUGCUGGCAACGGCGCUGCUGUUUGAUCAACACGUGGCUGCACUCGCCGUGGAGCUGAGGGGAGGGGAGGAGGGGGAUGCGGUUCGAUCGCUGAAUGAGUUUGCGCACAUCACUGUAAGCAGUAUGGGCAUGUGGGAUAUGUGA